GCACCCCCCUCUCACACCGGAUGCGGUGUGUCCUCACUGCGCGUGUCUUGACGAACACUGACUGACCAUUGAAGGAAAAAAACGGAGCAGAAGAGCGAAACAUGGCGACUUCGAACAAUCCGCGGAAAUUCAGCGAGAAAAUCGCUUUGCACAACCAGAAGCAGGCGGAGGAGACGGCUGCGUUUGAAGAAGUGAUGAAGGACCUCAGCAUUACCAGAGCAGCGAGGUUACAGUUGCAGAAAACUCAGUACUUGCAGCUGGGACCGAACCGUGUGCAGUACUACGGAGGAUCUUUGCCAAACGUCAAUCAGCUUGGAAACACUAUGGAUAUGUCUUUUCAGAAUUCAGGGCUGGACGCGAACAGAUCGACGCGACACCACGGGCUGGUGGACCGAGUCUACCGGGACCGGAGCCGCAUCACAUCACCCCACCAAACAAACAAUGACAAACAUGGACGCCAGAUUGACAGCUGUCCAUAUGGUUCAGUAUAUCUGUCACCACCACCUGAUACCAGCUGGAGGAGGACAAACUCUGACUCAGCACUGCACCAGAGCACAUUAACUCCUGCCCAGCAGGCCUCGUUCACUGGAGGAUCACAGGAGCUCCAGCCAAAAAGAGUUCUCCUGCUCACUGUGCCGGGGGCCGAACCAAUUAAACAGGAGGUUGAUGAAGACGGACAAAACCAGAACUGGGAGUGCAAAAAGAACAUUUCAAGGUCCAACCCUUCGAAAGUUCCAGGGAUCCACAUAUUCCCGUCUCCGGAGCAGCAGCUGACCAUUUCACUAAAACCAGCAGCCCACAACACUGGCGGUUCUCUCCCUGACCUGACCAACAUCCAGUUUCCUCCUCCGCUGCCCACCCCGCUCGACUCAGACGAUGUAGUGGGCGCCUCGUUCAGCUCUCCCAACAGCUCACAGAGUCUGGCUAACACGCAAGGAGUGAACACCUCUCAGCCCACAGUAACCAUGGAAAUGCAGUCUGGUCAGGACAACAUGGUUCCUCUCAUCCUGAACGCAGGAGACUCCCACCAGCACCAGAACCUGCAGCUCUCCCCGACAUCUCCACCUCUCUCUCUCUCUCAGGCGGCCAUCAACGCCAUGAACCUUGAGCAGCAGCUGUCCCAGUAUGCCUUCUUCAACCAGCAGCCGUCGUCCCAAACCCAACAGAGCCAGCAACUCUUCAUGUUCCAGCAGACAGAUCUGGUCCAGCUGCAGUCCUCCGUGAACUCCGGCUCCACGUCAAACAACCAGACGUCCUCACAAGCCAACAUGACCAUGGACAUGAACACGGCCUCCUCCAUCCAACAGUACCGCAGUAGGGUCGGAUCCUCGGCCAAUCAGUCUCCAACCUCCCCCGUCUCCAAUCAAGGCUUCUCACCCGGAGGCUCGCCUCAACAUAACUCCAUACUGGGCAGCGUGUUUGCAGACUUCUACGACCAGCAGCUCCCGUCCAUUCAGGCCAGUGCUCUCUCACAACAGUUGGAGCAGUUCAACAUGAUUGAAACCCCCAUCAGCUCUGACAGCCUGUAUAACCAGACCUCCACCCUCAACUACUCCCAGGCACUCAUGAUGGGUUUGACUGGUGGCCAUUGCAGCCUUCAGGACUCGCAGCAGAUGGGCUACAGUAGCCAUGGCAACAUCCCAAACAUCAUUCUCACAGUGAGCGGUGAGUCUCCCCCCGGCCUGCCCAAGGACCUUGGCUCGCUGUCCACAGACAUCAGCUUCGAUGUCGACUCCCAGUUCCCGCUGGACGAUCUGAAAAUCGACCCGCUGACGCUUGACGGCCUGCACAUGCUUAAUGACCCAGACAUGGUCCUCACUGACCCCGCCACAGAGGACGCGUUUCGCCUCGACCGGCUCUAACCACCCGCAUGCUCAUGCACAGGUGUGUGAAUGCUGCUGCCCUGGGGGGGGGGCAGAGGGGAGGGUUUGCAUCUGAGAGGAUAAAAACCAAGGGGAGCAGAUUUCUGGAGUGUGCUGCUGGUCGAGACCUCGUCCGUGGCAGAGCAUCGAUUCCACACCAACCAACCCAAUCAGACCCCACGAGAGAGCUUUUAAUAGAAACAUCAUGCAUUUCAAUGUUUUUUGAAGACUGGAAACCGGAAAGAUGGCUUACGACUGAUGACACUCAAGUUUAUGGUAUGAAUGAUCUUCACGGUUCUGUCACCACUUUUUUUGGACACAUUCAAUUUUAAUUUCCUUAGCUUUCAUUCGAGGGUGCUUGAUGAAAAUAUCACGAGGGCAGAAGGAUGCUGGUCUCUUAUUCUCAAUGACUGAUUAAACCCUUAACAAUCUAGAGUAUACCUAUCACACACCUGCUGACACAGAGUAGCUGGAUGACUCAGAGGAAACACCUCCCUCCGUGCCGACCUGGUUGCUCUCAGUAGUACGUUCAUUCUGGAUAUUAAUUUAGUGCUAUUCCCUGGGUAGUUUCUCAUAGAAGCCAAAGUCAGGCCUGGUUUGAUUUUUCCCAAAUUUCCUCUAAAGUCUUGAGUGACGAUGAGUCAUUAUUUUAUUUUCAGGAGAUGCUGAAUUUUUGAUUUUACCAUAGUAAAUAAUCAUCAGUUAUGCAUGAAAUCACAGAUCACUGUGCAUACUUGUUUUGCCUUAAUAGCUUGACAUUUUGGUUUUCAUGCAAAGAUGACUAUUAUGUAAAUGAGAAGAAAAAAAUCAAGUCAGUUUUACUGUUUUCUAAGUGGUUUGGCCUACAUUAUUCACAGUUGCAUUAGCUGUAUUUUUGAGGUGCGCUGAUCUUUACCCAUCACUCCAUCCACUGUCACUACUAUAUCAUUUUUCAUGCAUCAGUCAAAUCUAAAAAUGGAUUCAUGAGUUCUUUGCUAUGAAUUAGAUGUUUACAGGCUUGUUUAUACUUUACAUGUACAGAAUGUGAUUAGAUUUUGCGUAAUGGUAUCUAUGCAAAACUACAGCGAUUGGUUUAGGACUGUAAAAUGAAACGGAUAAAAAUGAACCCUUACGAAAGGAAGCCAACGUGCGAGGUUCUCAUAGGAUGCACAGCGAUGGUGCCAUGUUGUAUUUCUUUUGAUACUUUUGAAACAUUUUCCUUUCAGACUGGUACGGUGUAGAGAGAGAAGAAGAUGCUCGGUGUGUGUGCGUGUGUGCGUGUGUGUCGUACAGUAGAAACUCUCCUGGAUUACUCCCAAAGAUGUGACCUCAGUGUAGUUGAAAUAUAUAUAUUUUUCCAGACAAUUGAACUGCCUCUAUACUAGAACAGCAUCGUUGAUGCAAUGAGAAUGUAUUUCGGUCACAUCUGUACAGUUGUGUUGUUGCCAUCUUGUCAUCCUCAUUGCCUCUCAUAUCUAGCCUUCAUGUACUGUAGGACCAAAUGUUUUUCACCUGGUAUUUUUUUUCUCUCCCUGCAAAGGAGAUAUGGCAUACUGUUUUAAGUUUUAUAUAUUUUGUUUCCUUGGCACUACAGUGACACUGAAUAUCCGUUUCCUCAUCAUGCUCGUCGUGUUGCCUGAGCCCUUUAUCGAUUUGUUCCAUAUCUCCGGGCUUUGGCUCUGCAUUUAUAAGGCUUCAUGCAUUUGCUCUUUAAAAAAAAACAAAAAACUCUGUGUUUCUCAGUGAGUGUGUCCCGUCUCUCAUAUUGCACUUUAUGCAUUUAUUUAAAACACUGAUUUAUGAGAGUUUAUAUACCAAACCCCCCUCUUGUGACUGUUAUGUGCACUGGACCUGUUUGCCCUGUCCUUGAUUAAAACUUGCCUUCUUUUUUAAAAAAAAAAAAAAAAAAAAGAAAUAUGAAAAAAAGCUAAAUUAAAUUGUAGUUAUUUUUGAAAAUAGUCUAUUUAAAAGAGCUGUUUUUACUUAAUCAGUGAGUAUUUUGUUAGCUGUCUACUGUUACAGUUUUUCCAAAAUUUUUGAAAACAUUUGUAUUUUGGGGACAGUGGUGAUCAUGUCGGUCGUGUUCCUGUGCUGCAGCUCUUCCUGCUAUUGAUAGCAGCUUUGAGAACAAAAUAAACUAGAAAACAUGUAGAAUUAAUCACUGAUUAGCAAAUUUUAUUGUUAAAAUAUUUAAAGAUAUAAAGAUACAGGUAGUGUGAUUUCUCAGAUGAGUACAUUUGAAAUUUGCACAUUAUCACAAUAUUGUGCCAGAUGGGAUCGACCAGUCCCUGAAAAGUAUUUUAUGGAAUUUAUAUUGUAAUUCAGUCCAGGUAUAAUUAUUAUUAAAAUUCCCAUAAAAUGAAUAGAAGACUUAUAAAUAUCCCACACUAUAUCAAAAAGGCUACUCUGUAGCUGCAACGUUAUUUCUGUUGAUGUGUGUCAAGGUCCUCCUGUGCCGGCAUAUUCCACCAUUAUUCUCACACAAAGUAAUCAAAAAUGUCGAAUCAGUUAAAAUGAAGCUGUUGAGCUUAAAGAUUUUUUUUUUUUUUAAUACUCUAAUGUUUUUGAUGCAUCACGUUCCUGAUUUUUGAUGCAGUGUUUUUUGCUUUUUUUCCCCUAUUUGAAUAAUGUUGUGACUGCAUGAAUAUCUGGACAUGUUUUCCGCUUUAUGUUUUUUAUUUCCUUAGAAGGGUGGAGUCAGCUUUGUUUGUCGAAGUGUUUUUGUUCUUUCUUGUUUGGUAAUAUUGUCCUUUGUCUCUUUUUUUAACUCAGCGUCAUGUGUAGGCUAUAAUGUAUCCGCUAAGUGAAGCCUAAAAGCAUCAGAAAUAUGGUAAUCAGCCUUUUAUGCACAUGUAGAAGCUGUUGUUUGGUACUAUGUUUUACACUGCAAUAUACGGUAUGUGCUUAUUUUCUGUGCAACACCCACAGAGUUUUAUUACGUCAUGGUAAAUCUAGACUAGCUUUGUAUAUCGCUGUACGGUAGGAACAAUGUUUUUCGUGCUUUAUGUGAUAUGAUGUCAAAGUGAGAAAAUGCACUGAGAAAUACUGUGCUGCAAUAUGUCAUUGUGGCUCGAUAUUCUCUGCUGGGCCUCAGACUUUAUAGUGAGCCUGACAUCUUUGUAGGUCCAUUUUGUGUUUUGGUAUUUCUUUUCAACUUUUUUUUGUGCUCUUAUAGAUAGCUGUGACUCUGAUGUGUCACCUGUUACUGCCACCUUUUUUAUGCAUCAACGUUCAGGUAUCCACUGGUAUUAUACCAGUGUUUACAGGGUUUACAACAGAGCAAUGUUUGUUUUUCUCUCCAUAAAAAAAAUGUUCGUUAAAUACUGUAUCUGGAAUAACGGACUUCAUAUGAACCACUUGCAGUGUAGAAUAGCAAAUUUAUUUUUGCUAUUUUGAUUUAACAGUGAAUCAGUAAUGUAAUUUACUAAGACCAUAAUAAUAUACUCUAUUUCAUGAAGUUAUAUGAAUUAAUUACAUUAUAUUUCCUUCAUUCAUAAGCAUUUCAAGGCCCUAAAAGCACUUCAUUUACAGACUUUUAUUUUGCAGAAAUUCCCCUUCCUAUGAGUUUGCUAUGAGCAGCUACAUGCCAUCAGAAGUUGUUUCCUUUUUAAAGAAUAGGUACUAUUUAGAUUUUAUUCAAUUGAGUUUUAUAGUAAAUCUGUCAUCAGCACUGUAUAUUCUUCUCUCUUUAAGUUUUAAAUCAACAGUUGAACCAGAAAGCCAAAGUUCAAAACAGCCAUAAAUGAGAGAAUAGUUCUAACUGCUGAAACACACCCUCUCCCUUUGUUUUUCAAAAUAUUGUAAUGGGGUACGAAUUAUGUCAUAUAUAUAUAAACUAUGAACGUAUCAAUGCAUUGUUUACAUUGAACAUUAUUACAGGAAUUCUUGCAGCAUAACUUAAAGAGAUGCGACUGACAUAUCCUAUCCACUACCUGGGGAAUCUCUUUUUUUUUUGCAUGAUGCUGAAUUUCAAAAAACAUCUCAGAAAAAUACCUUAACAGGUUGUAUUGCUUUAAAUUAACUAUUUAGUUUUGCCUUGUUUUAUAAAUCUGCUGUCAAACACUAUUUUGUUGUUACUAUAUACAGUUCAUAUUGUCUGAGAAAUAACAUAGACAUACAGUAAGGAAUAAAAUAAGAAAUAGCAGAUACAAAUACUGUACAGUCAGGCUAUAUAUAUAUACAUAUACGUAUAUAUAUAUAUAGGGAGAGAGAUAUGUAGACACAACAUGUUAAAACACAAAUCAGGAAGAUGAAACAGAGUCAUAUAGUCGUGUACAGUCACUCAGUGGGACAUCUAUGAAUCCUUUGUGUGCAUUUUGAGGACAGCCCGCUGCUGGUUCAAGCCUCAUUACAAUGGCAGCUAAAUUGUUAUAUAAUGUAUUUUGUUUCUGAUACUAAUCCAAACACUGCACAUGCAUUUUACUGCCGUGAAGGGGCGCACUAUGCUCCCAUCCACCCGCAGCAACAGGAAACAUUAUGCUCAUAGAAUAUGCAAAAUCUAGCAUUCUGCAGCACAGCUUGGCAAGUUGGUACUUUUUUGAGCUAACCCUUUAAAAAUUACUGGUUCAAACCUUUGUUCUUCAAAAAAAUUGUGUGUUUUCUAUUUUAUCUGUCAAAUCGGACCAAAAGAAUCCAAGUUGGCUGUAAAUGUGCGCUAUAUUUGAAGAUGAUAUACGCUUCUGUUUGAACUGUACCUGAUGUAUUUUUCUUGUGUGAAGGCUUCUGUCUUUGUAUCUUUGCAUUAUUAUUUGUAAAUGAAAUGAAAAUAAAUAUAUCUGACUAAGCAAA